AUGUCUGCACUCCUUCUCAGCAUGUUGCAGCGGGACAUGGCUUCUAAUAGUCCACUUCACCCUCGGUUGUCAAACGAUGUGACUUUGGACAUUAAUCCAUUGCCAGCCGUACAACGGCGAGGCCUUAUCGCCAUUUCUGUCAUGGCCUUACUCUCCUUUCUCGCCACAGGAACCCUACUCUCAUUCAUCACAUAUCGCCUGAUCUUCUGGAAAUCCAGCUACACCAGAUAUAUUGGUUACAACCAGUAUAUCAUUCUUAUCUACAACCUCAUUCUUGCAGAUUUCCAACAAUCCCUCGCUUUCUUAAUUUGUUUGAGAUGGAUCGUCACAGACCAGAUCAAGUCUGGCACUGCCGGUUGCUUUUUGCAAGGUCUGUGGCUUCAGAUUGGUGACCCUGGAUCAGGUCUCUUCGUCCUGGCCAUUGCCUUCCACACCUUCUUGCUUGUCGUCUGGGGACGGAAGAUGUCAUACAAGGUCUUUGUAACCUUUGUUUGCGGUGUUUGGGCAUUCAUUGCUCUUAUUGUGAUUAUCCCCCUUGCAAUGUAUGGAGCCGAUGUCUACGUACCAUCAGGUGCCUGGUGCUGGAUCAACGAAGAGCACGAGACAGUUCGUCUUUGGACCCAUUACAUCUGGAUUUUCCUGGCAGAAUUCGGGACGGUCGCUCUCUACGCGAUUAUGUAUUUCCAACUUCGGAAACAGAUUGCCGCAUCUUCCAUCCUGGGAAACAGCCAACUGGAGAGUCUUAAGCGCCUGCGUCGUGUUGUCGGGUACAUGACCAUCUACCCCAUCGUCUACAUUGUUCUCUCCUUACCAUUGGCUGCUGGGCGUAUGGCUACGGCGAACGGAGAUUCUCCAUCUCUCACAUUUUUCUGCUGUGCCGGUGCUAUUAUUACGAGCUCCGGCCUUGUCGACGUGAUUCUCUACACCGUAACCCGUCGCAACCUCAUCAUCGACUCCGAGCCUAGCCAUGACCGCUCUUAUAACAAAUUCGCCAGCAGCAAAGGACGCCGCGGCGACACUCACUUAACAACCAUUACCGCCGACCCCACGACACGGAGAAUGGGCUUACAUGACGAGGAUCUUGACCGAGAUGGUUCAACCGAUAACAUUGUCCAGCCCGGUGUCGAAAUGGCCCCCAUCGGAAAGGUGUACCAAGAGACCACCAUCGAGAUUACAACCGAGCCCGCAUACCCUUCAGAAGGUGCAAGCGAACGUUCCAGCAAAGACGACUUCAACGAAACUCCUUCUCGGAUGUGGAGACGAUAA